UCUGCUUAGCGAAAGUCUCAAUAAGAACUCGAAGCCAAUUUCACUCGAUUCUACAGAAAACACGCCAUUUGAAUUAGCUUUAAACGUUAAAAGAACUUAUAAACUCAGCAUUUGAAGCAUAAGGAGAUAGAAAGGAAAGAGAAGGAAGAGUUGCACGCGAUGGCUGGCUCCUGGAGAGCACGCGGACUGGUUGUAUUAGCAAUCGUCUUCUUCGGAUGUCUCUUUGCAAUCUCCAUUGCAAAAGAGGAAGCCACCAAGUUGGGAACUGUCAUUGGGAUAGAUCUCGGUACUACUUAUUCUUGUGUUGGUGUUUACAAGAACGGUCAUGUCGAAAUUAUAGCCAAUGACCAAGGAAACCGUAUUACCCCAUCAUGGGUUGCUUUCACUGACAGUGAGAGGCUAAUUGGUGAGGCUGCAAAGAAUCAGGCAGCUGUCAAUCCUGAAAGGACCAUCUUCGACGUCAAGAGACUUAUUGGAAGAAAGUUUGAGGACAAGGAGGUCCAGAGGGACAUGAAGCUUGUUCCAUAUAAAAUUGUCAAUAAGGAUGGAAAGCCCUAUAUCCAGGUUAAGAUUAAGGAUGGAGAGACCAAGGUAUUCAGUCCUGAAGAGAUCAGCGCUAUGAUUCUGACUAAGAUGAAGGAAACAGCUGAAGCAUUCCUUGGGAAGAAAAUCAAGGAUGCAGUGGUCACUGUUCCUGCCUAUUUCAAUGACGCCCAGAGGCAAGCUACCAAAGAUGCUGGUGUUAUUGCUGGACUAAAUGUGGCCAGAAUUAUUAAUGAACCAACUGCUGCUGCCAUUGCUUAUGGUUUGGAUAAGAAAGGUGGCGAGAAGAACAUUCUUGUAUUUGAUCUUGGUGGUGGAACAUUUGAUGUCAGUAUCUUGACAAUCGACAAUGGUGUUUUUGAGGUUCUCUCAACAAAUGGAGACACACAUUUGGGAGGUGAGGACUUCGAUCAGAGGAUUAUGGAGUACUUCAUUAAAUUAAUCAAGAAGAAGCAUGGAAAGGAUAUCAGCAAAGACAACAGGGCUCUUGGAAAGCUCAGGAGGGAAGCUGAGCGAGCCAAGAGAGCUCUUAGCAGCCAGCACCAAGUGCGUGUUGAGAUUGAAUCACUCUUUGAUGGAGUGGACUUCUCUGAACCGCUCACCAGGGCUCGCUUUGAAGAAUUGAACAAUGAUUUGUUCAGAAAGACCAUGGGACCUGUGAAGAAGGCCAUGGAAGAUGCUGGAUUGGAGAAGAACCAGAUUGAUGAGAUUGUUCUUGUUGGUGGCAGCACUAGAAUUCCAAAGGUUCAACAGUUGCUUAAAGAGUACUUUGAUGGAAAAGAGCCAAAUAAGGGUGUGAACCCAGAUGAGGCUGUUGCUUACGGUGCUGCUGUCCAAGGAGGCAUCUUAAGUGGAGAGGGUGGUGAUGAAACCAAAGAUAUCCUUCUCCUGGAUGUGGCUCCCCUCACUUUGGGUAUUGAAACAGUUGGUGGGGUGAUGACCAAGUUGAUUCCAAGGAACACUGUUAUCCCAACCAAGAAAUCUCAAGUUUUCACCACCUACCAGGACCAGCAAACUACUGUGUCCAUUCAGGUCUUUGAAGGUGAAAGAAGUCUCACAAAGGAUUGCAGACUGCUCGGGAAAUUCGAUCUGACUGGCAUUCCUCCAGCCCCAAGGGGAACCCCUCAAAUUGAGGUCACAUUUGAGGUUGAUGCCAACGGUAUCCUAAAUGUCAAGGCUGAAGAUAAGGGCACAGGUAAAUCAGAGAAGAUCACCAUUACAAAUGACAAAGGUCGUCUGAGCCAAGAGGAAAUUGAGCGCAUGGUCCGUGAGGCUGAAGAGUUUGCCGAGGAGGAUAAGAAGGUGAAGGAGAGGAUUGACGCUCGUAACAGUCUUGAAACCUAUGUCUAUAACAUGAAAAACCAGAUUAACGACAAAGACAAGCUUGCAGACAAGCUCGAGUCUGAUGAAAAGGAGAAAAUUGAAACAGCUGUGAAGGAAGCCCUCGAAUGGCUUGAUGACAACCAGACUGCUGAGAAAGAGGAUUAUGAAGAGAAACUCAAGGAGGUCGAAGCCGUUUGCAACCCAAUCAUCACUGCCGUAUAUCAAAGAUCCGGUGGCGCUCCCGGUGGCGGGUCAGCUGAAGAUGAAGAAGAUUCACAUGAUGAGCUGUAAGAAUAUUUGAAGAAAUGAGGAUAUAGGCUUAGGCGAAGAGGUUGAUUGAGAUACUGUAAUUUUUCUGAUGGUAGAAGCAAAAGGGAGAGGAAAUUCCCCUUUCUUCUCAUGUUUUUUUGAAGGUUAAAAAUACGUUGAGGAGGUCCUUUUAUGUUUUUAUUACUAAUUUGUAAUUUCUUUGUUUAAAAACUUAAUUAAAUUCCUUCUAUCACAA